AUGGCGGAGCAACUCUCGAACCCGUAUGUGGCGCAGUACGCGUCUGUGUCUGUGGCGGCGGACGAGCCCUCGCGGCCCGCUGUCCUGAUUAGCGGCGGCGGUGCCACGGCCUCUCCCUCUGUGCGGCUUCCUCCCACCAUCGUCACGCCGUCAUCGACUCACAUCCCGACAGCGCCGUCUCCGCAGGCCGCUCCAGGAACUGUGUUUGUGACGACGGCACAGAGUUUUCCCUCGACUGGCGUGCUGCCUUCUGCGACGAGCAGCAUCACAUACACGGCUCAUCCCGCCGCGCCUGGCGGAAGUUUCUGCAUGUCCUCAGCUCCUGUUGCCGUGAUGCCUGAAGGCCCCCCUCCCGCUCUUCUGCCUCCUAUUCCCUCCUCUUUCCGUCCGGGGUGGCUCUCGAAUGCUUCUUCGGAAGACCUCCCGGGAGUACGGACGCUGCGCGGAGGCAUCGUCACUUGCAUUAUGGUUCUCCUCGUGUGCUCUCUCUUUGCCUGCCUGGGGCGCGCGGAUUUUAACUUUGUCCUCUACUUGGUCGGGUAUCAUCUGUGGUGCGUGGAGGGCGAGACGAAGAGCGUGACAGGCGUGAAGAGGCUUCUCCGAGGCGCCCGACAGUACGCCGUCCUUCUUUGCAUUGCGUCCGUGGUUGAAAUCACCUGGCUCUUCAUCGCUUACUCCACGUGGAGCUGCGACAAGGGCGACGCCGAAAUAUGCUUCCCAGAGAGCGAAAACCUGAAAGCCCGGUGGACGUACGGCAUCCACAGCUGGGCGCUAGGUCUCUCCACCUUCAACCUCCUCGUGAAGAUUCUUCUCAUCUUCCUUUCCUUCACUUGGGUCCAACAACAACGAAACACUCUCGGUCUCGCAGGCGCAGGGCCGGUUCCAGGCGGCACGUCCAUUCUGCCCCCCUCCUCGGACUAA